AGAGACAUAAACAAGCAGUGAUUGGCUGAAGCACCGGCCCCGCUGAUUGGAGGAAGCCAGAGGAGAAAGAUGGCGGCCACUGUGUUGAGAAGUAUUGGGUCAAAUUUGAGCAAAAACCUCAGAGAGAUCCGGAUCCACUUGUGCCAGAAGUCGGCGGGCAGCCAGGGUGUGAGAGAUUUUAUUGAACAGCACUAUGUAGAACUCAAAAAAGCCAACCCCGAGUUUCCUAUCUUGAUCAGAGAAUGCUCUGGAGUCCAACCUAAACUCUGGGCUCGUUAUGAUUUUGGAAUAGAGAAGAACGUCCCUUUAAGUAAUCUGAAUGCUGAACAAGUGGCAAAGGCUUUGGAGACAGUUGUAAACAGCAAACCAUGAAGCUACAGAAUGUUAUGCCCACGGUCUGCAUUCUUCUAUAAAAUGCUCAUCUAGUUAUGGCUUAAACUGAUCUGCUGCAAAAGCCACAACUGGCCCUGGACUCUGUUGUUUUCAGCCAGAAAAGGAAACCGAAUGUUUGUGCACUUAAAAAUCACUUAAGUUUAUUACAAAAAUAAUUUUAUUUCAUUUAAAGGACACCAAUAAAAUGAAUCCUAAAUUA